AUGGGUAAAAUCAAGAAGACGAGGAAGUUUGCGGAGGUGAAGCGCAUGAUCAGCCCGAAGGAUGCUCGCGUUAAGCACAAGGAAGGUGGAGCACAAAAGAAGCAAGACGAAGAGAAAGAAAAGAAGAAGGAUGCUGAGCUAGUCAAGACGGUCCCCAAGGCUUCUUCUGCUCUCUUCUUCAAAUACAACGCGCAGCUGGGUCCGCCCUACUACGUGCUGCUCGAUACCAACUUCAUCAACUUCUCCAUCCAAAACAAGCUCGAGAUCGUUUCCGCGAUGAUGGACUGCCUCUUUGCCAAGUGCAUUCCGUGCAUCACCGACUGCGUCAUGGCCGAGUUGGAGAAGCUGGGUAAGAAGUUCAGGGUGGCACUCAGCCACAAGGGUACCUACGCCGAUGACUGCCUCGUCAGCCGAGUAAACAUGCACAAGGUAUCAGAGGGCAAGAAGACAAGGCUUGCACACUUUUGCGAGCAACCGUGCCUCAAUCAUUGCUACAUCGUGGCCACUUGCGAUAAGGACUUGAAGAGAAGAAUUCGAAAGAUCCCCGGCGUGCCCAUCAUGUACAUUUCGCAGCACAAGUACUCCAUCGAACGAAUGCCCGAGGCUCUUGGCGCGCCUGCCUAA